AUGUGGCCCCCAACAACGCCUAUCGAGCUUCUUCAUCCUUUCGUCGCCGUCUCGGCCAUACUAGCCUAUUUGUUCGCGCGAUUUAUUUAUAGAAAAUAUGCUUAUCCACGAUUCUUUACUCCUCUCAAACAUAUCCCACUUGCCACUCCAGAGCGCCCUUCGAAAAACGGUAAACAGGAGGUCACCAGCUCACGAAAAUUAUUAUCGUCACUUAAGCACGCUGCUGCAACAGUACCCAAUAACGGCCUCCUUCGGUUUUAUCGAGAUGAUACGAAUGAGCGAAUUCUGGUUACUGGCGUGAAGGCGUUGAAUGAUAUCCUCGUAACAAAUGCGUCUGCAUUUGUCAAGCCAGAGCCUGUCCGGCGCAGGUUGUAUGCGUUUGGCGGUGAUGGGUUGCUUUUAUCGGAGGGCGAGACACAUAAGAUUCAACGCAAAGGUCUAAUGCCAGCAUUCUCCUUCCGGCACAUCAAAGACCUGUACCCCAUCUUCUGGGCAAAGUCGCGGGAUCUCGUCCAAGUCCUUGAACACGAGAUAUCGGAAGAAGGAUCCACUAAAUCAGAUGUGGUUGUCAUGAAAACAUGGGCAACUCGAACGACCCUCGAUAUCCUCGGACUUGCGGGAAUGGAUCAUGAUUUCCAGUUUUUACGACAUCCUAAAAGUACCCUUGUCUCGCACUAUGAAAAGACACAACUGCCGCCAUCUCGUGCUGAAAUCUUGCUGGGAUUCGUCUUAUCAUUGUUCAGCUCAAACUAUGAAGUAUUGAUGACAUAUAUACCAACGGCACGAGUGAGACGAUUGAAGGAAGGCUCGAAAUAUAUCCGACAACUCUGCCGUGACCUCAUCCAAGAAAAGAGAGACAAAAUGGAUAACAAACCCGAGUCCCAAACAGAGGUGGACAUCAUCUCCGUCGCUCUGAGAAGUGGCGCAUUCACAAACGAAAACCUCGUUGAUCAAAUGAUGACUUUUCUCGCCGCAGGCCAUGGAACUACAUCGCAUUCCCUGCAAUGGGCUGUAUACGCUCUCUGCAAACAUCAAGAUAUGCAAAACCGAUUGCGAGAAGAAGUACGCGACCGCCUGCCUUCCAUCAGCGAUCCCGAAUCCGUUGUCACUGCACAAGAGCUUGAUAGUCUUCCCUACCUUCACGCGUUCUGCAACGAAGUACUUCGCUUCUACCCUGCUAUUCCCGCCACAGCUCGUGAAUCUAUACGUGACACGACAGUCGCAGGAUACCAAAUCCCCAAGCACACGGGCUUCAUUAUCCCAAUGGGAAUAAUCAACCAAGACCCAGAGCUCUGGGGACCAACGGCCUCUACUUUCGAUCCAGAACGCUGGCUGGGUGAAGGACGCGCUAAUUCUGGGGGCGUUCAAAAUCAUCUAGGCUUUCUUACCUUUUUACACGGGCCGAGAAGUUGUAUCGGUUCGGGGUUCGCGAGGGCGGAGUUGGCGUGUUUGGUCGCUGCGCUUGUGGGCAGAUUUCAGAUGGAACUUGAGAAUCCGAAUGGCAAGUUCGAAUUGAAUGCGCAUGGAAUUGGGACUUCUCCAAAGGAUGGAGUGCGCACGCGGUUAAAGAUUUUGGACGGGUGGUGA